UAGGACAUUACAGGCUGAUCACCUGAUUGUCCGAAAGUAAGAUGAUCCGUGCUUCGGAAGGCACAUUUUUGCCGUUGGUCCCGGUUACUACUUACUGAUGUGAGUAAUCGUUGCAUGAGCCAUGUCGGGGCCUUUGGUGGCUCAGUAAUAAACCUGACACCAGGGUUGCUGAGGUUGGUAAUCCACCUCACAACCCACACGAUAGAAGAAGAGUAAGGUAAGUAACAAGUUGUAUCUACCUGCAGUAUAGAAUAACAAUACGUGAUGCACAGUGCAGCGCGAUUUAUCCAUCACACUAGCGUCGCGUGUCGGUGAGUGUAGUGCAGUAUAAAUAAUGCUCUAAUUUGUUCUAGGAGAAUGUAUUCCGGUUCUAUCAUAAAUCCGCUCUGUCGCUAUACCGCCACCUCCGCUUGAACGACAAAGAAAGUAAUUGGCCAACUCGCCGGCGCCCGUCUCUCGCGGUGCAGAGGGAGUGCCCAUAUAAAAGCCUCGGAGUACACUUGUCGCUCAAUAGUUUUAUAAGUGCACCAUCAAAGCAUACUCACUCGUAGCACAAUGGAGAUACCGAAAUUAAUAAUAUUAUUAUGCUGCACAUGUUCCAUCUUCGCAUCGGAAUACUCGCACACCAUCCCCGUCGAAAAUUACGAAACAGAGUUGCAGGUGCUGGACACGCACGUGGAUAUUCCCGAGCCGCCAGUAAAAGUGGUCAAAAUCACAAAAACUGUAGCGGUGAAGAUACCGGUACCAUAUCCCGUGAAGGUGAUAGAGAAGGUCCCGUACCCGGUACACGUGUCGAAACCCUACCCCGUGCCGGUGCCGCAAAUCGUGCACGUCCCGCAGCCGGCACACCCGCCCGCCAAGCAGCAACACCAUCAGCAGCAUGAAGCACUCGAUGCUCCUCACGGCGGUUUUCAGCAACACGGCCAGCAAGAAGGCUCCUAUAAUGUACAAGAAGACGAUUCCCACGAAAAUGCCCCUCAAGGACAUUCGUUCGAACCACAGGAACAUCAAUCCUUCGGUGGAAACUCGGACCAUAACCUACACUUUGGAGCCAGCGACGAUGGCCACUCUGGGUCGUUUGGUAGUUCCUAUGAUGCACCCAACAAUUACUACGGUUACGCCGGCGAUAACGGAGACAAUGGUUCGUAUGAAACAAAGAAUAGGCAUCACGUGGUACAACAAUACCCCUUCAAGAAACUUUCGAGCAGUGGCGGCAGUUAUAGUGGCUCACCCUAUCAUUAGCCACCGCAUGUAUGUUGCUGCUCUUAUGGUACCUGACUGUAAAUAGUAGGUAUAUGAACAACAAGUGUGUUUUUGUUUUAUAUGAACUGUUGUUAAAGUAAAUGUUGUUAAUCGUAUUUUGUUACUA